ACACAUAUGCAGCCUCACACCAAAUAACAAGUGACCCUAUUGACAAAAUGUUGUGCGUACCUAAAGAAUAAAUAUAUUUCCUUCCCUCUCUUGUGACGCUCCAUAAAUGCCCUACAAUCCAUACCCCAAUUCCUCUCUUUCUCAAGACGGGAUCAACCAGGAUUGGGUCGAAUUCUUCUUUUAUAAGACUAGCCAUACUCUGUCUUGAUAACCAUCGAUCAUUUCGUGUAGACAAGCAUGGGAAAUCAGAAGCCUGCAUGGUUGAAGGCUCUCUACGUGCAGAAUUUUUUCGUGCCUUGCUCAAUUCAUGAAACUGCCAAGAAAAAUGAGAAAAAUAUUUGCUGCUUGGAUUGUUGCACAAGUAUCUGCCCCCAUUGCGUUCUUUCUCAUCGCUGCCAUAGACUUCUGCAAAUUCGACGUUAUGUGUAUCACGAAGUCGUUCGAUUAGAAGAUCUGGAGAGGCUUAUUGACUGCUCGAAUAUUCAGGCCUACACUAUAAAUGCUGCAAAAGUGGUGUUUAUCAAGAAAAGACCACAAAACAGACAGUUUAAAGGGUCUGGAAAUUAUUGCACUUCCUGUGAUAGAAGCCUCCAAGAACCCUUUAUCCAUUGCUCUCUAGGCUGCAAGGUUGAUUUUGUUCUUAGACACUACGAGGGCCUCUCACCUUUCCUAAGAGUUUGCAAAACUUUGCAACUUAGUCCAGAUUUCUUUAUCCCUCAAGACAUAGGAGAUGAUGAAAUGACAUACGAAACCCAACAUUCUACUAUUGUCGACGACAGUGCAACCGAUGAUCAUGAUAAUCAGCAUUCUUCAUCAGACGGCUCAGAAAACACCAGCUUUGUUUGCACUGAUUAUGUCAAAAAGAAGAGAAGCACUGGAUUAUAUGUCUGUGGAAGAUUAUCUAAUAAGAUAAGUCCAGAAGAGGACAUGUCUACAAGUAUGAUCAGUAGAAGAAAAGGCAUUCCUCAUAGAUCACCUCUGUGUUAGG